GGGGAAAAAAAAAACCCGUCUUCUUCCUUGCUCGUCUCGCACCUCUCUCCCUCUCGAUCGAACGAACCGACACCUCCGCACCACCACCCCACCACCAACCCGUGCCCACGCACGCUAACGUGAACCGCGACGAAAUCUCAAAAAAAAUUUCGCGUCAAAAUUCCUCCUCCUCCCCGAAUCCCCCCCAAAUCCAAACCCCCAGAUUCCCUCGCCAUUUUUCCACCCGCGGGAGGAGUCCUCAGAUCUCUCUCCCCCCCGCCGCCGCGGAUUGGCACGCGGCCACCGAGAUCCUUCGGUUCGUGAGCGCAGAUUUGGUUCGGGGGUUGGUCGUCGCGCUGGGGGCUAGGGUUUGGCGGAAUUGAUGCUGCCUACCAGUCUUGCUUGACCCGCUCCCGGGGAGAGAUCUCGCCGCAUGGAUCGCAAGGGCGGCGGCGGCGGUGGCGGGAACAGGAACCGCACUGAUCUCCUCGCUGCUGGGCGUCAGAAGCUGCAGCAGUUCAGGAAGAAGAAGGAGAAGAGGGGUCCUGGUAAGAAGGCCGAAGCCAAGGCGGAUGCGGCGGAGGCUGAGGAGGGCUCGUCGAAGUCGGGGGCAGACGCGGAGGAGGCCAUGCCGGAGCCGAAAUCUCCCGUUGGAUUGAAGUUGCUCGCCGGUGAGGGCGGUGCUAGUCAUCGCACGCCGUUUGAGGAAGCGGCGAGGUCGCAGGUGGAGCAAUGCAAUGGGCAGGGGCCUGAUACCGCGGAGUCCUGCGAUGUGGAUAAUGCCGAUGUCUUGCCUGUACAGGAGGGUGGUGAUGGUGGUGGUAAUGCACAGGAUGUAGGUGUAAGUGAACAUGGCAGUUUAGAGCAUGUAAACCCUGGACCAGGUGAUGGCGAAGGUGCAACGAUCCCGGUUACCGGUGCAGAUGGUUCUGGCCUUCUUAUAGAAGGAGCUCAGCCAGUGGAGAUGGAUGUUGAUGAGAAACUGCCAGAUAAUAGUUUAAAGGAAAACACGGAGCUGUGCACAUCUUCCCAAGGUGACAUAGCUGAUGAUAAUGGCGACAGCCAAGCAGAGGAACACCAGCAGGUGGAGAUGUACCCUGUUGAGAGGCCGACCAGUUCUGAUUCCAAAGAAAUUACAGAUAUCAUUGGUCACUCUCAAGACAUUGGAGCUGGUAAUACUAAUAAGGGGGAAGGAAGGGCUAGAGAAACGGAGAUUGAUGUUUCUGGGAUGCCAUCUGGUGCUGUGGUAGAGUGUGAAGGAGAAUUGAAUGUUAGAGCUUCACAUGAGGCUUCUGAGAGUACUUCAAGAGAAGACACUGACAAGGAAGCUGAUGCACUGGGGGAAGAAGCUGCUGUUCAAGAAGAUCCAGGUGUGGCAAAUGCUACAGAGGGAGUUGUCACGGUAGAUGAUUUGAGUUUACAUGCUAAGUCAAUUGGGGCAGUCUCUCUUCCUCCGCAUAAGGAGAUUGACCAAGCUUUACUUGCACGUGAUAUAUCACAAGACAUGGCGCCAUACCAUUUAGAGGAUAUCCAGAGGCAUCUCUACUUGGCAACUAUGUCAAGGGAUUUUCUCCAGCUGCAGAUGGAUGAGAGUGCAGACCUGAAUACAGAUGAUACACCACAGUCUUCUAAUGAAGUCAUCAAUCUCCAGGUACUACUAGAAGAGACUGAAAAAAGCAAGCUAGCUGUCUGUGAAGAGCUUCAGCAAUGUAGACAUGAGCUCUCGGACAUGAAUACUGUGAAGGAAGAACUUGAACUAACUGUAGCUUCUCUGACAGACAGAAUCAAUACUAGCAACAAUAAAUGCGAACAUCUGGAGUUUGAGUUACAGUCCUCCAAGGAGAACACACAACAAAUUCUGAAUGAGUUAGCUGGUUGCAGAGCAAUGCUGGAAGCUCUACAGAAGGAGAACCUGGAGCUAACUGCGACUCUUACUUUUGAGAAAGAAGCUAGAAAGGAAGUUGAGGAGCAGCGGGAGCAUCUGUGUAGUGAAAACAAAAGGGUUUUGUCAAAUCUGUCUGACCUUGAACUUAGUUUAGCUUCUUUGAAAGAGGAAAUGAAUGAUGGCAGUAAUAGAUGUGCAGAUUUAGAGUGUGAACUGCGUUCCACCAAGGAGAACAUGGAACGUACUUUGGUUGAAUUAGCAAGUUGCAGGAAUUCGUUGGAAACACUGCAAAAUGAUAAUUUGGAGUUAUCUGCAAAUUCUUCCUUUGAAAAAGAAGCAAUCAAGAAACUUGAGGAGGACAAUUUAUGUCUAUCUAAUGAAAAGCAGGGCCUUUUAUUAGAUUUGUCUGAAACAAAGGAGGAGCUGCAUCUUUCAUAUGCCAAACAUGAGCAUCUUGAGUCGCACGCCAGAGAUAUGGAAACAUACUUUGGACAACUUACGGAGCAAUUAAUUGAAGAAAAUAUUUACACAAGUACCAGCGUCGAUAUUUAUCAAACUAUAACCAAAGAGUUGUAUGCUAAGUGCAAUGUUGUGCUGGGUGAAGCCCGGAAUGCACAUCAAGACAAUGAGGCCUGUCUGGACUCAUCAGAAAUCAUUGUUGAAAAUGUGGAAAGAGAAACCACAAGUCCUGAAUUAAUUGGACAUGAUGAUAAUCAGCGUCCGCUUCUAGUCGCUGAGAAUGACUCAUGUAACUCUACUGCUUUACAGUCACUGAAAGGCCAUCUGAAGGUCGCUAAAGGUGAUUUGCGUGACCUUCAAAAGUUAGUAGAGAGGAUUUCUUCUCGGUCUGAUGGACGUGUGCUGGUAUCAAAGCUCAUUCAGUCCUUUGAGUCAAAAGGAAAUCAGGAAGAUCUUGGGAUGUCUGAGGGAGAGCAUGACAAUUUAAGAAAAUUAACUCAGGAGAUGAUAUGCCGCCUUGUGGAGAAGUUGAAGGCUAUGACGUCAGACAUUGCAAAGACAGAAGAAUAUGUGGCUGAGCUGUGCAACAGAAUAGAACUUUCUGUGAAGUUUAUGUCACAGCAUGAAGCAGAAAUAGAGCAUACUGCAGUUCUUGUGGCCAAAAUGGAUGGGUUUGCUGGUAAGCUGAGCAACUACAAGGACACAAUUGAUCAACUGGUUAGUCAAGUUGCUAAUGUACACCAGGAUGCAGAUAAUCAUGCUGGAAGGCUCAUUGAUCAAGCAGAACUUUUGCAGAAUGAUGUGACUGAAAGGAUUUCCACUCUUGAGAAGGAAAGGACGUCCUUGACAGAUGUGCUCAUGGAAGUAACCGAUAAGCUCAGCGCUUUGAGUAAAAAUGCACUUCCUAGUGAUUUGGGUGGGAGUGAAGGUCUUGGCUCUCUUGCUUUGAGUUCUGUGGAAUGCGCUGCUAAGUUAGUUCAAAAUCUUCAGGAGAAACUAGAGCAUGCUCAAACUGACAAUGCUAAGCUUAAUGCUUCUCUGGUGGAGCUCAAAACUGCACACUCUGAUGUUCAAGAAAGGAGUAAACAUGCACAUGGAAUUGUCAAGAAAAUGUACAUUUCCCUGCAGGAACUUCUAUUCAACUCAUUGGGAAAUCCAGAUGAAUCAGGUGUCGAAUACAAUGCUGAAGAACCAAUAGAAGCUCUUUUUAGUCAAUAUGGAGACAUUGUUGAGCAUUUGAAGAGUUUAUUGCACGAGCGGCAAUAUUUGCUAUCAAAGAAUACUGACCUAGAGUCAAGAUUGUUGAGCAAAUGUGAAGAAACUGAAGCUCUCAGCAGUUCUCUGACAAAAAGUAUGAACGAUUUUAGCUUGCUGAACGAGGAGCUUAAAUCGGUUUCUACAAGUAGAAUUGAAGCGCAGGAUGAACUGCAUGGUAGAUGCCUCGCUAUAGCAGAAAAAAUGGUUCAUCGUUCCACAAGCCAUUCAUCAACAGUACUUUCUUCGAUGGAAAUGUCCAGCAAGGCAAACCAUAUUCUUACUACAUUAUUGCCAUGUAUUGAGGAGGGUGUGGCUUCAUACAUUGAAGAAUUUGAAAAUAUGGCAGAAGAAAUCCGCUUAUCAAAGAUCUGUUUGCAAGAAAGCAAUAUUAUUGGCCAAAGUUCAUCUGAAAAGUGGUCAGUGUCCUUGCCUGUGUUGAUCAAAGAGGAAAUUGUACCCAUAUUUUUUGACCUGCAGGGUAGAAUUGAUCAGCUCAGCACGUUAAACAUUCAGCUAGAAACUGAAGUUCCAGUCCUGAGGGAUGGCUUGACAAAGCUGGAUAGUGCUCUCGAAACUUCACGUGCUGAACUUCAGAAGAAGGUUUUUGAACUUGAACAAUCAGAGCAGAAACUUUCUUCUGUCAAGGAAAAGCUUAGCAUCGCUGUUGCAAAAGGUAAGGGAUUGAUAGUUCAGCGGGACAGCCUUAAGCAGACCCUGUUGGAAAAGUCUGGGGAGCUUGAGAAGCUUGCACAUGAACUGCAGUCAAAGGAUUCAUUGCUGAUAGAGUUGGAAGCCAAGAUCAAGUCCUAUGCGGAUGCAGAUCGAAUUGAAGCUUUGGAGUCAGAGCUCUCUUACAUACGGAAUUCAGCCACUGCUUUAAGGGACUCAUUCCUCCAAAAGGAUUCUGUUCUUCAGAGAAUUGAAGAAGUGUUAGAAGAUCUAGAUUUGCCAGAGAAUUUUCAUUUUAGAGAUAUAGUAGAAAAAAUAGAACUUCUGUCAAAGAUGGCUGUUGGUGCUUCUUUUACUGUACCUGAUGGUAAUAAACAAUCAUCUGUGGAUGGGAAUUCUGAGUCUGGUGCGGCCAUUGAUAGUAUAAAUGAUGAACAAAACUCAAAUUCAAAUUCAGGGGCAGAAGAAAUAAAAAUAAAAUACGAUGAGCUACAUAGGAGAUUCUAUGAACUUGCUGAGCACAAUAACAUGUUGGAACAAUCUCUAGUGGAGAGGAACAAUCUUAUACAGAAAUGGGAAGAAGUCCUUGGUCAGAUUAGCAUCCCCCAGCAGUUCAGGAUGCUUGAACCGGAAGAUAGAAUAGCUUGGUUGGGAAACAGGCUACUGGAGGUUGAGCAUGAAAGAGAUGCAUUACAUUUGAAGAUUGAGCACCUUGAGGAUUCCUCUGAGAUGUUAAUUUCUGACCUAGAAGAAUCACACAAAAGGAUUUCUGAACUAAGUGCAGAGAUAGUUGCUGUAAAGGCUGAGAAGGAAUUCUUCUCACAAAGCCUGGAGAAACUGAGAUUUGACUUCCUUGGACUCUCUGAGAAAGCUGUUCAGGAUGAGUUUGUCAGAGAUAAUUUGCGGAAAGAUCUAGCUGAACUGCAGGAGAAGUUAGCUGAGAAGACUGAGGAGAGCAAGCUUUACCAUGAUAUGGAAAUGGAGAUAAAAAAACUUAUGGAUUUAGUACGAGAUGCAUUGCAGGAUGACAGUAAUACUGAAAUCCCAUCGGGUGCUGGUGUUGGUGCUGCUGUGUUGUGCUUGGGUAGUCUGUUGAGUAGACUUAUAGAUGGCUAUAAGACUCAUUUGUCAGAAUCAACUGUUCGCAGUUCUGCGGAGAUGGAAACACUCUCGGAAACCAAAAUAUCUAAAGAUGCCUCUACAUCAGAGAGGGGUAUGGAGGAAAAAGAGAUGGCAUUGAAUACUUUGAGUGGUGAGUUAGAACACACUCGCAAUAGUCUGGCCUUGGUUGAGCAACAACGUGAUGAAGCUGUGGAGAAGACACAAUUACUAACAAUCGAACUGGAGACUCUACGUGCUCAAAUAGACCAGUUGCAGGGAGAUGGUGCCGAACAGAUGAAUAGGUACCAAUCUCUUAUGCUUGAACUAGAAUCAAUGACUAAGCAGCGUGAUGAUCUGCAAGAGAAACUGGGUCAGGAGGAGCAAAAAUGCACCUCAUUGAGAGAGAAACUAAAUGUUGCUGUAAGAAAAGGGAAGGGCCUGGUGCAACAUAGAGAUAGCCUGAAGCAAACUAUGGAAGAGAUGAACACUAUGAUAGAAAAACUAAAAGUUGAAAGGAAACAACACAUCGAAUCACUUGAAUCUGAGAGAUCUUCGUUGAUGGGUCGAUUAGCUGAGAAUGAGAAGAGCUUGCAUGAUGCAACCCAAUAUCUGAGUAGAUUAUUAAAUUCUCUGAGUACAGUGGAUAUUGGUAGAGAAUUCGAUACUGACCCAAUCACCAAGGUUGAAAAUUUUUCGAAAUUUUGCCUUGACCUACAAAAUGAAGUGAAGAAAUCGAAGCAAGCAACAGAGCUGCUUCUGGCUGAGCUAAAUGAAGUUCAUGAAAGAGCUGACAACCUGCAGGAUGAACUGGUCAAAGCAGAAGCUGCACUGUCGGAAUCAUUUAAGCAGAACAGUGUUGUAGAGUCUGCUAGAGCUGAUGCCGUUCGCCAUCUUGAACGUAUUAUGCAUAUGCAGUCACAGACAAAAAGGAAACAGAUAGAUCAUUUGAUGGAGCUGAACUCCACCAGCAGUCAACUAAGAGAGAUCUUCUCUGAACUUUUACAUCAUCUUCUCAACACUUUCAGUAAGGAUGUGGACAUUAUCAACUACAUGGAGAGCUUUGUGAAAUCUUCUGAUAAAUGGAUGGACAGCACGAGUAUGGUGGAGAUACCCAUCACAUCUAAUCAUCAUUUGUCAAAUAGCAUAAGCAGCAAGAUGGCUCAUAUUCCAAAUGUUCCACUGAAAAUUACGUUGGACAAUGCCGAUGAAACCCAGAUUUUGCAUCAUCUUGCUACUGCAUGCCAUGCUGUAGCUGAUUGUGUAAAUGACUGCAAUGAUCUCAAAAGUAGGAUUCACGAGCAUGGUUUUUCAGUUGACCGGAAAGCUGCCGAUCUGUUCAAUGUUAUGUCCAACUUGCAGAACAAAUUUACUUCUCAAAAUACUGAGUUGGAAUCUUUGAGAGAGAAUAUUAUUGAAUUACAGUCAGAGAUCAAACAGAGAGAUGAGGAAAUUUUGUCAAUGCGCAGAAAUUUGAGUUUGCUUUAUGAAGCAUGCACUAGUUCAGUUUCUGAGAUUGAAGGGAUGACUGGUAUUGAGUCUGGUGACCAUAGUUGUUCUGUUGUGCAGAACCAUUUAUCUGCAGAUGACCAUAUAAAAUCAGUAGUUAAUCAAUUAGUUGCGGCCAUAAAGACUACUCAGAACAGUAACGAAGGCAACACAAAGGAACUAAAGGCCACUGUUCUUGAAUUGCAGCAGGAGCUUCAAGAAAAACAUAUCCAAAUAAGUACAAUCAGUGCAGAACUUGCAUCUCAGGUAAAGGAAGCUGAAUCUUCUGCGAAGCAGCUAUCUGUUGAGCUUGAAAAUGCUAGAAUGGAAAUCCACAACUUAGAGAAACACUCUGAAAUGUUGCUUAAUCAGAAGAAGAAUUUAGAGACUCAAGUAAGCGAGCUUAAAGAUAUGGAGGCAGUGGCACAUGAUCAGCAUGGAAGAAUAAAGGACUUGAGUGAUGAACUUAGCAAAAAAGACCAAGAGAUUGAAGGUUUGAUGCAAGCACUUGAUGAAGAAGAAAGGGAGCUUGAGGUCUUGGAGAACAAAAGCAAUGACUUAGAGAAAAUGCUUCAAGAAAAAGAAUUCGCUUUAAAGAGUCUUGAAGUUUCUAGGACCAAAGCCUUGACAAAACUUGCAACAACUGUUGACAAGUUUGAUGAGUUGCAUAGCUUGUCUGAAAGCCUUCUUGCUGAAGUGGAAAACCUACAGUCACAACUGCAAGAGAGAGAUUCAGAGAUCUCUUUUCUGCGGCAAGAAAUCACGAGAAGUACCAAUGAACUGCUAACAACUGAAGAGAGCAACAAGAAGUACUCAUCUCAGAUAAAUGAUUUUACUAAAUGGUUGGAAACUGCACUAUUGCAGUUUAGUGUACACUGUGAUAGCACGAAUGAUUAUGAAUGCACUCAAGUUCCUGUAUAUAUGGAUAUGUUGGAGAAGAAAAUAGGAUCUCUGAUAUCUGAAUCAGAUGAAUUAAGGGUGACCCUGCAAAGUAAAGAUUCUUUAUUACAGGCUGAGAGAACCAGAAUGGAAGAAUUGCUGCGUAAAUCAGAGGCUCUUGAAUCUUCUUUGAGCCAAAAAGAUUCUCAGAUAGGGUUGCUUCGUCGAGACAGGACAUCAGGCCAACCUAGCAGAUUUAUAAACUUGCCAGGCACUUCAGAGAUUGAGCAAGUGAAUGAAAAAGUAAGCCCAGCUGCGGUUGUCACUCAGAUUCGAGGGGCACGAAAAGUCAAUACCGACCAAGUUGCUAUUGAUGUAGAGGUGAAGGACAAGCCAUUAGAUGAUGAAGAUGAUGAUAAAGCACAUGGUUUCAAGUCACUGACGAUGUCACACAUUGUUCCAAAGUUCACUCGACCUAUAUCAGAUAGGAUUGAUGGAAUGUGGGUCUCAGGAGAUAGAUUGCUCAUGAGACAACCAACAUUGAGACUUGGCGUUUUGCUAUAUUGGAUUGUGCUGCAUGCAUUGCUUGCUAGUUUUAUUUGAAGAUUAUAUGUAAAGCUGUAGUGAUCUCCUUUGGUGAGCUACUGUACAGUAGUAUGUCUAUACUCCAUAGCAAGCUACACAAAGAAAGUAGUCCGCGCUAAUGUUGUUGAUUCUUUUGGAUACGUUACAAGGAUACUCGUAUUGGCAGCUGCGAAUCAACUUCAGGUUGUCUUCGAGAUGCAUUUGUCCUGCCUCAGCUGGAAUAGAGAACUGAAGAAAGCAGCAGCAGCAGCGGCAAAGAUCCCCUCUGUAAAUACUCUCAUUUUUGUUUGCUCUAUUCUUUGCUUUUAGAAAGAUGUAGGGCAUAAUUUUGAAUGGUAGUAGAAUCUACAUUAUACGUAACAGCUUUACAGAAGAAUGACAAGUAGUUCUCAAAGUUUUAGGGUAUUGGGAUGGUAACAGCUUUUCCCCCACUUUGAAAGUUGGCUCCCUGUAUUCUCUCUCUCUACCCAAUAUUUUUGUUUACAUGUGCAACACAGCAAUUAUUUCAUUAUUAUUAUUACCACACUGACCUGCCAUGGGGAGCUUUCAUGUUUU